GUGACUCCCCGCACACGGUCUACUUCCGCAUCCCAGUGCUGUAGCAGUAACCCGUCAGGUGAACCCGCGCUCCCUUCGCUCUCGGGCGUGUUUCCCUCCACGCAGCGGCUCUCCGCUCGUGCACCAACUGACUCGCCUCCGUCUGACCUCCUGACAGCGAAGCUGCGAGUCUCCGCUGAGCUCCGGGCCGAGCAGGCGGCCGUCCCGGUCAGGCUAACGGCUGUUCGGAGUCAUGAUGGAGGCGUGAAGCAGCCGAGCAGCUCCAAGAUUCUAUGACGAUUGAUCGUCCCACCUGAUCAGAGGAUGUAUCCGCCCCCCAGGAAGGACUUCAUCGCUCUGACACUAAGCGACCCUCACAGUCACGCCUACAACAACGGAAAACACCGCAGACGGUCCUGCUGGAGGAAAUGGAAGCAGCUGUCUCGGCUGCAGCGGAGCCUCAUCCUCUUCCUGCUGGUUCUGCUGCUCGUGUUAGGACUGUUCCUCUAUCCCAGCGUGUCAGAGCAGUGGAGAGGUUGGUCUGAUAAGGAGGACUGGCUGGAGCUGAACGACAGAGGCUUUAAGGUGGAGCCCAGUCCGGCUGCAGGAAGAGCUCCAGCUCCGGUGGUCCAGCCGCAUCUUGGAGUUGCUUUGGAUCCAGUCGUUUUGGAAAAACCCAAAGAACCUCAUAUCCCUGUUUUGGCGAAGCCUCCUACUAAGAGAAAAGCAUCUUUAGGCAAAAGAGGACCCCCCAGCCUUCAAAAAGAUGCCAACGUGUCGUACUUCACCGGAGGGGGAAAACAAGAGGUGGCUCCAGAGGAACCAGGCGAGGAAGAGGAGGAGGACAAAGACAAGACCAUCGUCAGCUGGAGGGGGGCGAUGAUCGAAGCUGACCGCGCCACAGAGCCCUCCCCCUCAGCCGCUCAAAAGGAAGCACCCCCACCGCCCGUCAACCCCACUGCUGCCGCCACGCUGGAGGUUUCCUCUGGGGGCGCCAGCAGGCUGGAGGCCGUGCGUGAUGCCUUCGGGCACGCGUGGAAAGGCUACAAGGAGUAUGCGUGGGGUCACGACGAGCUGAAGCCCAUCUCCAAGUCGUUCAGCGAGUGGUUUGGUCUGGGCUUGACACUCGUUGACUCGCUGGACACCAUGUGGAUUCUGGGGCUGAAAGAAGAAUUUGCUGAAGCAAAGAGCUGGGUGGAAAAAGAGCUGUCCUUCGACAAGAAUGUGGACGUGAAUCUUUUUGAAACCACCAUCCGAGUCCUGGGGGGGCUGCUCAGCACCCACCACCUGACAGGAGAGCAGGUCUUUCUGGAGAAAGCUAAAGACCUCGGUUCCAGAUUGAUGCCGGCGUUCAGAACCCCCUCUAAGAUCCCGUACUCUGACGUCAACAUCGGGAAGGGGACGGCGCACCCCCCCAGGUGGACGUCGGACAGCACGGUGGCUGAAGUCACAAGUAUUCAGCUGGAGUUCAGAGAGCUGAGCCAUCUCACCCAGGACCCCCAGUACCAGGAGGUUGUGAACGAAGUAUCAAAGUUGGUCCACCAGCUGCCGGGCAAACACGACGGCCUGGUGCCCAUGUUCAUCAACACCAACAGCGGCCAGUUCAGCCACAAAGGAGUCUUCACUCUGGGCGCCCGAGCAGACAGCUACUAUGAAUACCUGCUCAAACAGUGGAUCCAGGGCGGGAAGACGGAGGACCACUUGUUGGAGGACUACCUGCAGGCCGUAGAGGGAGUGAAAAGGCACCUUGUGAAGCAGACGGGAUCCAGCAGGCUGACCAUCGUUGGAGAGCUGUCUCACAACCGCUUCAACGCCAAGAUGGAUCACCUGGUGUGUUUCCUGCCAGGAACGCUGGCUCUGGGAGUCCACAACGGUCUCCCAGGAGACCACAUGGAUCUGGCUGUGCAGCUCAUGGAGACCUGCUAUCAAAUGUACAAACAGAUGGAGACUGGGCUGAGUCCAGAGAUCGCACACUUCAGCCUGCAGGGCGGCGCUGGUCAGGACAUUAUUGUCAAGCCUGCAGACGGACACAACUUACUGAGACCAGAAACCGUGGAGAGCCUGUUCUACAUGUACAGAUUCACCAAGAAUGCCAAGUACAGAGACUGGGGGUGGGAGAUCCUGCAGAGCUUCAACAAGUACACGAAGGUCCCGGAUGGAGGCUACACGUCCAUCAACAACGUCCGGGACCCCGCCAACCCCGGGCCCCGGGACAAAAUGGAGAGCUUCUUCCUGGGUGAGACGCUGAAGUACUUGUACCUGCUCUUCUCCGAUGACAUGGAGCUGCUCAGUCCAGACAAGUACGUCUUCAACACGGAGGCCCAUCCGCUCCCCAUAUGGCCGUCUCCUCCCAAGUGACGAGGCGUGUGAACGGGCUCUGUCCGGGCGGAUCUACACUGCCCCAUAGCCUUUAUUUUUCCUAAGGAAAAGUUUGUGACGGAGCUGGCCUCUGAUAUGAAGACGCUUGAGCUGGUUUGUGACAGGAGACAUUCUGCUGAUGGACUGAAUGUAGGAGGUGGAGCCCUCUGAGCAUCAUCAUGGUGAUGAAAUGAGCUCCUGUUUGAAGAACUGGAGCCUUCAGCCUCCUUCAAUGACACCCUCACUUCUUAAGAGAAAACAUGCACGCUUUUUCUACACAGACCCCUCCUAAAGGUGAAGUUUUGGGGCGGUUCCAGUCAGCCGUCCUGUCUUUUCUCUGCUCAGGGUUCCUGAAAGUCCAACGCCAUCAGUGAGCUCGUGUGUUCACCACUUUAAACGGAGCCAUAGUCAUUGUGUUUCAAACCCGUCCACUGUUGUUUGUUACUGCUGUGCUGCUUCCCUCCACCGGCCGGACUCCAUGUUUGAUGAAGGUUAAUGUCAGGAAAGAGGGACGCUUCAAAGACUUCCAUGACUGCUGGUUCACAGAGCAUCACUCCUUCACAACAUUGUCAAAAAUGAUGAUUACCUUUCAACGUUUUAUUCCAUUUAUCCGUGUCAACUCCUGAAAUGCAGAAAUGAUGGGUUCAUGACUUAAAAUCAUCUAAUCCGUAGAGCCGACUGGACUGGAGUCUGAUGUGAAAAUAUGCAGUAAAAUAUGUGUUGAAAAUAUCCUGAAAAUCAUAUUUUUGACACCAUUAGAGAAAUGGAUUAAACUAUUCAACUGGAAAUAAGGUUUUUUUUGUGUGUGUGUGACAGAUUCUGAAGGUUAUCCCACUUAAAAACUCUUUAAAUAAAAUAACUUCAACUGUAUAAAAAGAGAAUCCAGGAAAUCACAUGGUAGAUCUUUAAUGAAUGUGUUUGUAUAAUACAGCAGAAACAUUAGGAUUUAGCUCCAGCAAAUAAGUCUUUCACACUAACUUAUUUAUUUUAUCCUCCUCUUGUAUUUAUUUAAAGAAGUUGUUCACAUUCGAAUCACUGCUGCUUGAUUUUGACCCCAUGAACCAAAAGGUCAUUUAGCAUCAGCUCUGAAUGCUGGUGUUUACGAUUUGUGUUUAAGUUAGGAAUUUAUUUAAGACAAACGACUUGUAACUUGAGUUCAAUUAUCUGCUUUCACAAAGGGGUCAGAUACUUUUCCUCUGGUUUAAAAACACCCCCCCCCCUUCUUUAAUUGCCAUGAUCACAAAACUAAAUCAUUACCCGCUGAUUUGUUUAAAAAAGGUGCCAAAGGACGUCCGUCUGCAUCAUCAAUGCAGAGACUCGUCUGAACUGACCUGCUAGCAUACAAUAACUUAAUGUUAGACUGUAUAGGACGUUAUUUUCUGGAUUACUCGGUACUACCUUGGAUUUUUGCUGAUUUUUUUACAUUUUUUUUUUUUUUUUAUCUUCAAACAGUUUUAAGUUGAGAUUUAAAGUUUAUUCUUAAAACCAAUCAAAUUCACCCUUCCCUCCCAUAUUUGUGUGUGUGACAUGCAUUGACUGUAUGUGAGAACUGGACUGAGUGACCCCUCCCCCCACUGGUUCCAAAAGCCAAAAUCCCUUAGACUUCUAUAGAGAAGUAAACAGCUGUUAGUCAGUCAUACUUUUAUCAGAAUAAACAUUCCUGCUCUGAUACUUUUUUUUUUUUACAUGUUCUUGAUAAUCCUCGUUUUUUUCCCUCAUAUUAUUUCUUUUCUAUUCUAUUUCAGUUCAAGUUAUGAACUGGCCAAUCAGAUGCCUCAAUGAAUGUAUGUGGUUCCUGCUCUUUCUGUGGAAGGGGUGUGGCCUUCCCACAAGUUCACUGCUGGUUGGCGACAGCGGUUGCCAUAGAAACAAUUAUUAGGUCCAAUCACUGCUGACUAAACUCGUCUGGCUCCAACAUGGCUGUGUCCUUAUCUAAAAAAAGACAACUGAAUUGGCUUCAUUUGGUCGGAGCCAGAAGUAAACUGUUUUCUAUCGGUGAUGUCACACUCACUCAGUCCAGUCCUAUAUAUACAGUCAAUGGAGACAUGAACAAAGAUGUCACAGUAAAUUAUCUGUACCUUCAUCAAACCAAGAGCUACACAAGUUGAACAAAAGAGUUUGUUCAGAACAAAACAGAGCUCAGGUUUAGGAAAAUGUAUUUUAUAAAAACAGCUCUUCAAAUGAGCUAAACGCUUUGUUCUUUUGGUUCUCCAUCUCCCUGAGCUCGUAGAUGUAACCCUCUGGUCUACCAUAGACUGGUCUGAACCGUAGAUUCACUUUGGUCAAAUUGAUAGUUAUUUCCCUGUAAUGUGAAAGCUUGGAAUUCUCUGUAGAGCCAUUAAAAAUAGAUUUUUUAUUUAUGUAAAAAUGUAUAAUACUGAUUUGAUUUCUAUAUUAUUAAACGGACUCUGCAAAAACCUCA